AAGAGUUGCGAAAAGUAAAAAAAGAGCGUAGGCGCGUGUUAAAUAAAUUAAAUAAAAAUUAAUUUACUAAACUAUCGGCAAAUCGGUUUCCUAAAGUAAAAUUGCAACUACAGCUUUUGUCUGCGGAGAGAAGCGCCAACGGAAAUAGUUUUUCGUAAGCAGGCCAGUAGCAGUCAGCUUUAAGCGCGCGUGUGUGUGUGUGUUUGUGUGAGUGUGUGCCACAGAAAGUGGCAAGCAGAGCCAAAAUAAGUGCAUGUGCAUAUAUUAUAUUUUGUUAAAAUAAAUAAUAUUGGUUAAACAAAUGAUGUUUUUUAAAUAAAUUAUGUAAAAAUGUGAAAGAAAAGCAAUAACCAAUUUCUCAAUGUUGUCAAUACAACGAGAGCAGCGAGAAGCAGCCGUCCGCGGUAGCAGCGCUGUCGUCAAAAGCAAAGGAGGAGAAGGAGAAUGAAUAACACAAAAAAAGAGCUAUAAAACGAAGCAAGAAGAAACGCGAAGCAGAGAAGCAAAAGAAAAAUCGAAAUAAUAAAAAAAGCACACACACAACAUAUAUUUAUAUACAGAGAGAGAGAGUAUAGUUGGCGUGUGUGUGCGUAAAUGUGAGUUUCUGUGAGUGUGUGCGUGAGAGAGUGAAACGUAUAAAUAAAAUUCAGCCAAAUGCAGAAACCAACAACAAAAUGGAUAACAAAACGACACAGUUGGAUUUUAAAUUACUGGUGGAUCAGUCACUAAAUCUACUGGACAGCCUCAAUACGGCAUUGCGGUGCGAUGCUAUACAAUUUUUGCUGCAGACGCUUAGGUGCAAAUAUCCAGAGGCCUGCGACCAAGUCGUUAGGAAUCUCUUCAGUCACAUAAUAAAUGAUAAUGGAUCGGGAGGGGGACUGGAAGGGGGAGGUGGUGCAGGUGGAGGAGAUGUGGCGGAGCUAGCGAAGAGUAAGCAACUUCAGCUGUUGCUGGCCACCAAAAAAGAGAUGAAGACGGAGCCGACGGACACCAAAACAGAAAUAAAGCGUGAAAGUAAUGCGGAAUCGACAGCUGGCUCAACAACGGAUUUAAAUCAAAAUUUUGAGAAAAUUCUUUGCAAGGAGGAGUAUAUGUGCCUCGAUGAGGAGGAGGAAGAGGAUUUCAAUGAUGAUAACGAUACGGAAAAUUCAUCAUCCCAGCAAUAUCCUGCUCGUCGGAACAACAAUAAUAACAAUGUGGAUGCUGUUGGUCCUGGUGAUCCUCUCGAUCUGAUACAAACGAAUGCAAGUGGCGGCGGAUCUUUAUUGGUGAAGAGAAAAUAUGCGGCCAGUUUUGGUAAUCCCGAUGAGUUGAAGCACGACCAGGAGCAGGAGGAGAUCGAUGACAAAUUAACGAUUAAAAGAAAACGCAUUAAUCACGUGACUGUGGCUAGUACUCUGACUACGGCCACAUCGCUAAAGCGAAGGUUAGACGAUCGUCUGGGCGUGGGCGUGGGCGAGGGCUAUGUAAUACAGGAGGAUAACCAGUACACGAUAAGGUAUCAUCACAGCUCAGGGCAGUUCAGUGAGAGGGCCUUUAAGGCCCAGUUUCGAGCAUUAUUAAGAUUGGCGCUGAGUCAGCACCAUAAACCCUUCCUCAAGCAGUUCUACGAGAAUUUCGUCAUCAAUGGACGACUGAUGGGUACCACUCCGUCGACGAAGAUACUGAAAGCGUUGCGGGAGGAGCGAUUGGAAGAGUGGAGGAGGCAGAGGGAACAGCGGACGCUCUUGGUGAGCUUAUUGAAACAAGAACGAGACCUGGAAAGGGAACGUGACCAGGAGCAGGAGCAAGAGCAGGAACAGGAGCAAGAGCUAGAGCAGGAACAGGAUGAGCAAAAGCAAGAGCUGCAUUUGCCAACCAUCUCAUUUGGUGAUUCCGAAUUGGAAUCGGAGACUGAGUCGCAAUUAUCCUCGGCCGCCCAAGAGAUUAUGAAAUUCGAGGAGUUUAUUGACGAGGGCGUAGGCGCUGGACGUCUGAUUGAUGGCCUGGAAAUGGAGCCGGAGAUUGAUGAAAUGCUAAUUACUGGAGCCGAUCAUGGCAGUGGCAGUGGCAGUGGCAGUGGCAGCGGAAUUGGCGGCGGGAUCGUCGGCAUCGGCAUUGCCGGCGGCGAUGGGAGUGUAAGUACGGCCAGUGGGAGUGGCAACAGUAGUAACAGUAGCAGCAGUUUAAACCAUGAUAAUGGACAUCAUAUGAACAGCAGUGCAAAUCUUGUGAUUAAUGGCCUUACAUCAAGCAAUAGCAACAACAAUGGUCAGCAGCUAGCCCUGUCGGAUGAGCACCAGCAGCCAGUUAGCAAGCCAUUGUCAUCGCAUCAUCAUCCGCAUACGCAUCCGCAUCCGCAUCCUAUCCAGUUACCUAACCCCUCGAUGGAAAACCAUGUAAUGAAAGGAACCCAACCCCUGCCACCAGGGCAUAAUAUUAUGACAGCAACUGGCAGCGGCGGCAGUGCAUCCACUUCCAUGCAUCAACAACAUCACCUUACAAAUGAGAUUCACUUGCAUCAUCAUCACCAGCAGCAGCAGCAACAGCAGAAUCGAUUCAAUUCAAGCCAGAAUCCUCUGACUAUGAUGGGUGGUAUGAUGCAACAACAGCAGCAGCAACAACAACAACAAAACGAAUCACAACACCACCAAAUUAUGCAGAGACAAUUUUCUCCCAUGAUGAAUAAUCGCCAAUUGCCAUCAUUGGCUGCCUUGUCGAAUCUAAGUGGAGCUGGAGGAAAUCCUCAACAUCCCCCUCAUCCACAUCCGCAUUCGCAUCCCCAUUCCCAUCCCCAUUCUCAUCCGCAUCCGCAUCCACACGCUGGCAUGCCCUCAAAUGCCAGUCAGUUAAACUCCUCUCUGGAUUUGGAUGACAAUGAGUUAUCUCCCGACGAGGAUGAUGACGACUUGGACCAAGAAUUAGACGAGUUGGAGGCAGCUAAACAACAGUUAAUCGAUGGCGGCAGUAGCAGUAGCACAUCACUUCAAGCUCCACCCUCGCAGCAGGGCAGUGCGGGAAGCGGCGGGGCCGGUGGCAGUCACACGCCUGGCAUUAAAAAGGAUAAGCCCAGCUAUAAUUGCCUAUUGUGCCCGAAAUCCUAUCGCAAAAGGAAAUCCCUGUUGGAUCAUUAUAAAAUGCAUCCAGGCUAUUGUCACGAUUGUGGACAGCCAAAUGGGAAUACGCUAGAGGAAAUCAUUCAGCACAAUCGCACGAUGCAUGUGAAGGAGUUCCCAUUUGUGUGUGAGACCUGUGGCGAGUCCUAUUCGCGAAAGCAACAGUUCCACGCCCAUGUAGAGUCGCAUAACAAGAAGGAAUUCAAAACCUUUCCUUGCGGUGAAUGCGGCUUGAAGUUCCCUCAAAAGAAGUUACAGCAACAUUUUGAGGAGACCGGUCAUAAGGCCGAUGGGGCCAUCUGUGAGGUGUGCGGCGACGAGUUCCCAUCAAAGAAUGCCCUCUACCAGCAUAUCAUUCGUGUCCACAAGCGGGACAAUUUCUUUGAAUGCCACAUUUGCCAUAAUCGUUUCACCCUCAAGGCCAAUCUGGAGCGUCACGUCCAGCUGCAUACGGAGGUGAAGCGCACAUAUGUGUGCGACCUAUGCGGCUCCUCGUAUUUCACAUAUCCCGCACUCAAGGAGCAUUAUAGCAAUGCCCACGUCGAUGUCUCCGAAUGCAAGUGUACGCUGUGUGGCAAGCGUUUUGGUUCAGCCAAAUCACUUCAGAGGCAUUUGCCAUCCCACUCCGAAGAAAGGCCGCAUUGUUGCAACUACUGCGAUCAGACCUUUAAAUGGAAAACGCAUUUGGUGCGCCACAAGCAGACAAUGCAUGGCAAUCAACCGCCGCCGCCCAAAAAGGCCAAGCAGCGCUUUCCCAAGACCAAUGAAGAAGCUGAAUUGGCUGCCUUGACAGAUAUGCCGGGACCGCCGCCUGUGAAAGCCACAAAAAAGUCUAGUGCCAGCAAGACCAAAACCCAGACAGGAGCAGGAGCAGGAGGUGCCAACCCACAGCAGCAUCAAAAAGCAACGCCUACACCACCUCCUCCAGUGUCGACGACGCCGGGCUGCAUUCAACAGGAUCAAUUCAAUGCAGCAAUGGUCAGCAGCAAUAGCUCUCAAUCCUCGACAGCUUCUACGUCGCAGCAUUCGGUGUCGACGAGUGAAUCUCAACAGAAUUCCAUGUAUAAUCAGAGCUUUAAUCCGGACAACAAUAAAACGCAGCAGCAGCAGCAGCAACAGCCUACGCAGCAGAAUGCGGUAAUGCAUCAACAGCAUGCAACGCCACCACCAGCACAGCAGCAGCAACAACAACAACAACAACAACAACAGCAGCAGCAGCAGCAACAACAACAAGUACGCAGCAACUCAAGUGACUUGCAUUUGCAGCGUAUGAAUAGCUUUGGUGGUCCAGAGGGUCAGCAGCAGCAGCAGCAACAGUUCCACUUUGAGCCAGGGCAAGUCCCUGGCCCUGGAUAUCCGCAGCAACAUCAGCAACUGAUUAAUCAAUAUCAGCAGCAGCAGCAGCAGCACAUGAGGAGUCAUACGCCGCAGAGUCCGCAUCCACCUCCGCCACCACCGCAUCAUCCGCAUCCGCAUCCGCAUCCCUCGCAAAUGCAGCCGCAAUUCAAUUCACCUCAUCAUAUGCCGCCUAUACAUCAUCAACAUCAAUUAAUGAUGCAACAACAACAACAUCGUCAUAACCAACGUUCACCUUUGCAUCAUCAUGCGGCAGCCCAGCAAUUGCAGCAACAACAUCAACAGCCCUCGCAUAGUCCUCAACAUGCGAGAUUGCAAUCACCUCAACCAGCACCAACAGCACAACAGCAACAGCAGCAGCAGCAGCAACAGCAGCAGUUUCUGCAACAACAACAACAGCAACAGCAGCAACCUCAUACCACUGACUCCUGGGGUAAUCUUAACUUUGGCCAACCACCCAAUAAUCAGCCAGUUGAACUUAAGGAUAAUAAAUUCUAUAUAGUCGAUUCGGCUGAAUUUCUAGGGCUUCCAAUGAAUGUGCCGGCUGGCCAGCAGCAGCAGCAGCAGCAACCUGUAGUCAAACCCCAGCCACCACCACAACAACAACAACAACAACAGCAGCAACCACCCCAACAACAAGAUCCAGCUCUGGCUGGUGAUCUAUUGAGCUUCCAGCAUAUGUGGCCGGCGCAAGGCUUUAAUCAGGCCGCACCUCAACAGCCACACCAACCGCAUCAACCGCAGCAACCCCAGCAGCAACAACAGCAACAGCCUCAGGCCCAGCCCAAUCCGAGUGAUCCGCAUAAUUAUAAUAAUAUAGGCAGCAUACUCACGAAUCUCAUUGACACAAAUCCACAGCCCAUGGAAUACAAUUUUGAUUUAAUGGAACAACAACAACAACAACAACAGCAGCAGCAGCAGCCACCGCCGACACCGCAACAGCAGCAACAACAACAACAUAAUUCAGGGGGCUAUCCAGGUACAGUGAUGCGAGCAGGUCCCGUCUAUGGAGGAUCACCGGCAGUGGCCUAUGAACAACAUUUGGGCGAUCAAUUGCAGGUGGUCUCUGAGCAACAGAAGCAAAACAGCUUCCAGCCAUAUCAUUCCCAUGGAUUGCAGCCUCCGCCACAGCAGCAGCCACAACAACAAGCAAUGCAUCCCCAUCUCUUGCCACCACCAGGACCUCAUGGAAGUGUCUACGAGCGAACCGGGGGAGUUGGUGUGGGUGUGGGUGUAAUAGGCGUUGGCGGCUAUCCAAUGCUCGGUGAUGAAUCCAAGCCCGUCCUGCCACCUAUGAUGGGUGGAAUGAUGCAGCAAAUUCCCCAUGGGCAGCCGGAUUUACUAUACUAUCCAGUAAAGAACGAUUGACAGGCUUCACAUCAUCAUCAUCAUCAUCAUCAUCCUCCACAUCCACAUCGCUGGUGGACAGAGCCAGCCAAGAGAGGCGAUGUUUUUCAUUAAAGAAAACCCAAAAACAAAUUCAAAGCAAAAGCAAAAUUCACAUUAAAAAACACAGCAACAAGCAACUGAACAAGUUUGCAUAGACUGUAAGAUGAAGGCGAUAAAUGAUAAAUGAGAAUUGUAAUUAAUAUGAGAAAGAGAGCAAUAGCUUGAGAAAAUCAAGCAGGAGAGAACUUACAAUUUCUAAUCCGACCGGCGCUAUGAUCAGAC